CUCCCCCCCCCCCCCCUCUCUCUCUCUCUCUGCAUAUUCAGCAGAGCUGCGUCCUCCUCUCUUCCUCAUCACUCUGCCACUCCUGCGGCACUGCUCUCUGCUUGAAGGGGACACUGGCCUGCUCCUCACACACUACUUCUGCAUGACUGUCACAAAGAUGUCAUGGCGUCCGACCUACCGAAGCUCCAAGUUUCGAAAUGUCUACGGGAAGGUCACCAACCGGGAGCACUGCUUCGACGGUGUCCCCAUCACCAAGAACGUCCAUGACAACCACUUCUGUGCCGUCAACUCCAAGUUCCUCGCGGUGGUCACAGAGAGCUCGGGCGGAGGCUCUUUCAUCGUCAUACCUGUGGUUCAGGCCGGUCGCCUGGACUCUCACUACCCAAAAGUGUGUGGUCAUCAAGGCAACGUGCUGGACAUCAAAUGGAAUCCGUUCUUUGAAAACGUCAUCGCGUCUUGCUCCGAGGACACGUCGGUGAGAGUAUGGGAGAUCCCAGAAGGCGGUCUGAGGCGCAACAUGAAUGAGGCCGUGCUGGAGCUGUACGGUCACAGCAGACGUGUGGGUCUGAUCGAGUGGCAUCCCACCAGCAGCGGCAUCCUCUUCAGCGCCGGCUACGACUACAAGAUCCUGAUCUGGAACCUGGAGAUCGGAGAGCCGGUGAAAAUGAUCGACUGUCACCACGACGUGAUCCUCAGCAUGUCCUUCAACACGGACGGCAGCCUGCUGGCCACCAGCUGCAAGGACAAGACGCUGCGAGUCAUUGAGCCGCGCUCCGGCAGAGUCCUGCAGCAAGCCAGCUGUAAGAACCACCGUGUAAACCGAGUGGUUUUCCUGGGCAACAUGAAGCGGCUGCUCACCACGGGGGUUUCUCGCUGGAACACCCGGCAGAUCGCUCUAUGGGAUCAGGAGGAUUUGUCGAUGCCAAUUGCGGAGGAGGACAUAGACGGCCUCUCAGGGCUGUUGUUUCCCUUCUACGACGCUGACACACACAUGCUGUACCUGGCAGGAAAGGGGGACGGUAACAUCCGUUACUUUGAGAUCACCACAGAGAAGCCCUACUUGCAGUAUCUGAUGGAGUUCAGGUCCCCGGCUCCACAGAAAGGACUGGGCGUGAUGCCAAAGCACGGGCUGGACGUGUCGGCCUGCGAGGUGUUCCGCUUCUACAAGCUCGUCACCCUGAAGGGUUUGAUUGAGCCCAUUUCCAUGAUCGUGCCGAGGAGGUCAGACACAUACCAGGAGGACAUCUACCCCAUGACAGCAGGAACAGAACCGGCGCUGUCUGCCAGCGAAUGGCUGAGCGGCAUCGACAGAGACCCAGUGUUGAUGUCUCUGAAGGAAGGUUACCAGCGGCCAAACCAGUUAGUGUUCAAGGCCCCGGUGAAGGAGAAGAAGAGUGUGGUGGUGAACGGCAUCGACCUGCUGGAGAACGUCCCACCCAGGACAGAGAACGAGCUCCUGCGGAUGUUCUUCCGGCAGCAGGACGAGCUCCGGCGGCUGAAGGAGGAUCUGACCACCAAGGACGUGCGAAUACGCCAACUGGAGCUGGAGCUCAACAACCUGAAGAACGUUAGCCCCAACAACGUGUGACCUCGCAGCCUCCUGGACUGACACAGCUGCUUCCUCUGCCUCCGAAUCGGACCUCCGACAAGCUUCUGAGCCCCCCCCCGCCCCCAACCCACUAUGCUCUUUUGAUAUAUCGCAUUAUAUCAUAACUUCAUUCCUGCUGCCCCUGGAUAUAUGUAGUGCACACGAUUUGUUCGAUAUCUUAGCUGGUGCGAUUUCCUGGAAUAUUGUAAUAAUGAGAUGAGGAAGUGUCGGUGGAUUUUUCCACCUUGACACAAACUAAACGACAGGGAAAGUUUGAAAUCAAAUCAAAUUUGGUAUCAUCUGUUUUUACAAAUGGAUUGAGUCGAGCGUUAAUGAUCAGUUAUUGCAUAUUUCUGGUGAGAGCGUGGAGAUGUUUGCCUCACUUUGCCUUUUUGUCCACGCAAAAACUGGAAGAGACGAAAGACUCGUCACUGGCUCCUACUUGUCUUCUUCCCCGCGGCCUUAGACCCUGCUGCAGACACGCUCGGCUGCGAGCUGCCACCUCUUCCCAAGAUGGCCGACGUGACGUAGCUUCGCACCAAACAGACGUGAAGAGAGCUCGGAGACGUGGAUUGUGUUUUUCAACGAGCUGCUUAUCCCUUUACAUCCUUCCUCACCCGGCUGUAAAUCCACACCGACACAUAGUUGUAUCCAAAUGCAGUUUUUUACCAAGGACGGGAUAGUUCAUUCACUCACCAUGUUUUUGAUCCUUUAUUUAAACGGUGGGAGAGCAGCAGGGGACACGUGGAUCCAGAGGUGUCGGACUGAACCACUCAAACUUCAUCUCAAGGGAAGCUUUGCAGGCUGUUAUUGGUUUUUCGGGCUGUUUCUGAGGGCGACAAUGUAUAUUUGCUUCUAUUUAUUUGUCACGUUCGACCUUUUUAGCCAUUAACUUGUACAUUUGUUUAAUCUCAUUGUUUUUGUACGACGUGGCGGAUGUGCAAGUAAUGAAUGUGACGCUUCAUAGAUUUUGCUGAAUGUUGGAAUUGAAGGUGUGAAGAUUUGCUCUCGGCUCUUCACACAGGAAACUGUAACAAUAAUCCUCCUUUCACAUUUAAUCGAAGAACAUUACUGUUACUGAGACAUGUUUACUGUAGAUGUGUAACUUUGCUCUAGAGACUUCAGGUCAUUUGCUCCUUCUCCCCUUGUAUCAUCAACCUAAACUCCAUCAUGUUUAAACUCUCAUGUUUUACCAUCAUUUUUUUGAUUUAAGAGAAGUUGGUGGUGAUUGGAUGUGUUAUUUCAGCGACCAGGUUCAAGCAGAUACCUAAAACAAUUCUGCUGAACACCCCUGUGUGUAUUAUGAUCUGUGAAGCCCUGUCACAUUUUGCCUGAUUCUGUUCAUGAUGGAUUUGGACAAGUUCAACAAUCAGAAAACGACAGAGCAUUAUGCAUUCUCCUGAGAAAAUACAAAUUCUGCUUUAUUUUGCUUAAAUUUUUCAAAAUAAACUCAAAAUCCUUUUACUUUCCUUCAGAACAAUCCAGAAGUCCUGACGUGCCUGCGUAAAUCCGACAAACAUAACAAUGCCGUGUAUAUUACUUAGAGACUCAAACCCAAAUCAAAUAAAACUGGAACAAAACACACAUUGUACAAGUUUCCUUCAAUGUUCUCAGAGAUAAAGGAUUUUGAGGAAAAGGUGAUCGAUCUCAUAUAUUAAGAAAAACAGAGCAGAGUUUUUUCCCUCAUGUGAAUGUAGGAUGUUUCCAUAGAAAGCCAUGUUCAUGGUAAAUGUAUGUUACUGCCAAGGUGAAAUAAAGAGGCUGCGGUGAAAGUAGAAGGUGGAGGACGAGGACGGAC